AUGGAUGACAUCCUUCCCACGGCUAAAUGGGCAAAUCGCAUGCUACGCCCUUUGACCUCCAUUUACCGCCGACUGGAGAAGCACCAGGAAACCUUGACGAUCAUCAAUGCCGAGUCAGCGAGGAGAUCAAGAAGCCGAACGCCAGAAGGGGUGGCUGCUGUUAUCUCCCAGCCCAUCCCCGCGGUCGAAAGCCUCUCUGCAUCAGGCUCCGACGCCGACGAGGAGGACCCAGUAUGGAUACCAGGGAAGAAGCCGGAUCAGCGGCGCGUCAAGCACAAAUACUCAGCGCGAGGAAGAGGCAAAGCAGGGAAACGACGGACCAGACUAUCGAUCCAAAGCCCCGAAACCUCUCGUACCCUUCCCGGCGCAAUUGAACUUGCGACACCCGUGAUCACCGGCAAGCGAUGGGAGCUUCCGCCGAGUGCGCAGUCACAGCGAUCCGCCUCUCGCGAGCCGAAAGCUUUGCAUAAUCAGAGACAACAACAGGUAUUCCGUGAUCGAUAUUCGUUGCAUAGAAGCCCUUGGCAGGAACUUCUGGAUGCGUCAGGCGACCCGGGCUUCGGCGACAUCGUACAUAAUCUCGACCGUAUUUUGCAGAACUUUCUGAAUAAUACCCGCAUCGCUAAAAAUACGGACGAUAAUCCGCCGAAAAGAAACAGCGGUGCACGCUCUUUGCUUUCAAUGGUGAUGCGACGAUUGCCGGAAUUCCUCGCAGCGGAGCAGGAACUGGAACUAUACUACGCACCCCAUGGCAAGGGCUGGAGGCCACUCCGUGAGGCUGUCCGGGCCCAAGGCAUGUUCCUGGUGACAUCGAUGAUCAAGAAUGGAUGGUUGACCGAUUCAAUCGCCUGUGCAUUGAUUGAAAAUUGCAAAUGGAACGACCACGACGCGUGCGAAACAUUACUAUCAACAUUUCUUUCUACGCGUACGUCUUAUCCUCCGCCUCCGUCUCUGAGGCCGUCACUCGACCUUCACCCACUGGGAGACCCCAUGCGAGCAUUACGAAAAUAUUCUAGCCAUAACUCGAGCCCACGGUCUUUCAUUUUCAAAGAGCUCUCCAAGUUGCUUCAGCGUGGGGUUUUGCCUCCAGAAUGGAUGGCAACCAAAUUAUGGAACCACUGGAUGACUCGGGCUACAGUUUCGUUUUCGAGAGAGGAUGGCGAUUCUGCGACAGCCUCAAGGCUGAUUGAGGCUGUUCUCUUACGCGCUAGCAGGAGUCUUCCACUCAGCACCUCUCCGUCGAUGGAAGCCAACCCCCAGACCCCGGAUCAGUUUACGCGAGCUCUCUCCGUCUCGUCGAUCGAGAGGUUCGAUAAUGCCCGGAUGUGUCCUGUGCCCGUGGAAGAUGCCUUGAGCAACCACGUCAUCAGUCUUUUGGCAGCGCUCUGUGGUAUGCAUAUCUCCCGGUCACGAUCAAGUGACUACGAAGAAGCAAAAGGCACCCGAGCAGGCCAUAUACUCGGUUAUUUGUCGUUCAGGGUCGAAGAAAACAUAGAAAAGCAAUCGCCCUCGGCGAUUGCUGAUCUCACCUCGCAUGAACUAUUCAGGCGCAGCUGCAUUAUAUUGGCAAAUUGUCUGGUCCUGUGUAGUGACGCAAUCUUGGCCGAUAACCACGAGUUCGCUCUGGAGUCAGCACCUGGUCUGGAAGAAUGUUCGAAUAUUGUGGCUUCGCGGCCAGACCUAGUGAAAGAGUUGGCCUUAUUUAUGAAACAGACUUUUCGGUGCUAUUCCAGUGCCUCGGAUAGCGAACAACCUAACAACACCGGGAGUGACAUUCGUGAAAUGAUUUCAAUGCUCCCACAUGUAGCCGACGGGGCAUCUGUCGGGUUAUGCAGACUGUGGAGUCGUGUCGCCGUGGACGCAGCGAUGGAAUUUGCGGAGACAACGGGUGAGCCCGAGGAUCAUCUAUGGGCGAUGGAGAUCCAGGAGACAGUCAAUGCCAUCCAGGAUCGAACAGAGUCUAACUCCGCCUGUGCCGGUGAAGCCCAGCCUCCGUGUCCAAGAAAAGGUCUUUUCCGUUGGGAAGAGAGCAUUGGAGAAUGGGUGGCUCGGACACCGGCACUUAAGACAAGCCAAUUAUUCCCUGACAAAGGCGGCCAGAUGCCCACAGCCCCACGACGAGCACCCUAUGUCCCAAAUUCCAUCGACAGCAGUUCGACUGAGCCAGAGCAUUCCGAUCACUCCGCUUCGAGCCUGACUUCGUCCCCUUCGAUUGGUCCCGGCACUAAGCGAGAUUUCCAAGAGAGCGAAUGCUCGCCCACUCGACCGGCUAAACGUCGGCGCGAGGCCCCCAUCAUCGUUGUCAAAAGAGACGAGGGCAGCACAAGCAGACCGCGAUCUGCCCGCGCAGAAUCGAAAUCUCCAUCCUUGGAACCUGUGCUGCCUUCGCGGCGUAUCUUGCGUGACUUGUCAAAUCGCAAGAGGAGCCAGCCCGACUCCACGAUCAUGAAACCGUCCAGAAUUGAGGUUGUCAUCAUCAACCAGAAAAGGCCUGCGGACGAGAAACCAAUCCGUUCCGCUCGAGAGGUCGUCGAGACAGAGAUCCAUCGGACAGUGGAGCGACGCAGACCGGGACGACCUCCAGUCUCGCGUGUCGCCACCGAAUCCCGCGCUCCUCAGCGACGAUCGGUCAUUCCAUGCUCCGAGGAUGACAGUGAAGACGAAUUGAGCUUCAUCUAA